UAGGCGUGUAGACACCGAGAGUUCCCGCAGCACUGGGACGCAGCACGGAGUUGAGAGGAGAAAGCACAGAGCAGCGGCAUCAAGCUGUCAGCCAGCCCGCAUCGUCGCUCGUCUCGACCGGACACAAAAGGGGGCAUUUGACAGCUCCGUGCCCCAGAAGGGGUUGUUGUGAUGGAGACGCCGGGGAGGAUAGCAACCACACCGGAUGCACUGGACUUCACGGUGGAGAAUGUAGAAAAGGCCCUCCACCAGCUGUAUUAUGAUCCCAACAUCGACAACAAGAAUCUGGCCCAGAAGUGGCUCAUGCAGGCCCAAGUGUCUCCUCAGGCCUGGCAGUUUUGCUGGGCUCUCCUGAGCCCAGAAAAGGUUCCUGAGAUCCAGUACUUUGGCGCAAGCGCGCUCCACACCAAGAUCUCCCGCUACUGGUCGGACAUCCCCAGCGACCAGUACGAGUCGCUGAAGAGCCAGCUGUUCUCGCAGAUUGCCUGCUUCUCUUCAGGCGCCAAAAUGGUGCUGACGCGGCUGUGCGUGGCGCUGGCUUCACUGGCGCUCAACACCAUGCCCGAGGCCUGGCCCGGCGCCGUGGCCGAGAUGGUGCGGGUGUUUCAGGAGGAGGGCGGAGGGAUCGACGGGCGGGCGCGCUGCCUGGCACUGCUGGAGCUGCUUACCGUCCUUCCCGAGGAGUUCCAGACCAGCCGCUUGCCGCAGUACAGAAAGGGACAGGUCCGGGGUGCCCUGGGCCAGGAGUGGGGCUCGGUGUGCCCGCUGCUUCAACAACUGCUGCGACGGACGGACAGCCCCGGGGCGGUGAAGGCCCGAGUGCUGCGGUGCCUGUCGUCCUGGGUGCUGCUGGACGUGCCGCUCAGCGAGAGUGAGGGCCUGGUGUACGACUGCUUCGUCGCCCUGCCGGACCCCGAGCUCUUCGACACUGCUGUGGAGGCGCUGGUCAACGCCAUCUCACAGCCCGACUCCCAAAGGUACGUGAACACACUGCUGAAGCUGGUCCCUCCAGUGCUGGCUCUCCAGGAGCAGCUCAGAGAGGCCGUCCAGAAUGGUGACAUGGAGACUUGCCACGGCAUCUGCCGCAUUGCCGUCACGUUGGGAGAGAACCACUCCAGGAUUCUGCUGGAGCAAGUGGAUCACUGGCAGAGCUUCCUGGCUUUAGUCAACAUGAUCAUGUUUUGCACAGGCAUCCCAGGCCACUACCCGGUCAACGAGACCACCAGCUCGCUCACGCUCACCUUCUGGUACACACUACAAGAUGAAAUCAUGUCAUUCGAGUCAAACAAGCAGGCAUUGUACCUGCAGGUCUACAGGCCGGUUUAUUUCCAGCUAGUGGACGUUCUGCUCCACAAAGCCCAGUUCCCCUCAGACCAAGAGUAUGCGUCCUGGUCCUCGGAUGAGAAAGAACAGUUCCGCAUCUACAGGGUGGACAUCUCUGACACGCUCAUGUACGUCUAUGAGAUGCUGGGUGCUGAGCUGCUGAGUAAUCUCUAUGACAAACUGGGACGACUCUUGACGAAUACGGAGCAGCCCACGUCGUGGCAGCACACAGAGGCUUUGCUGUACGGCUUCCAGUCCAUCGCAGAGACGAUAGACGUCAAUUACUCUGACGUCAUUCCGGGCCUCAUAGGCCUCAUCCCCAGAAUCAGCAUCAACAACGUUCAGCUGGCCGACACCGUGAUGUUCACUAUAGGUGCUCUGGCUGAGUGGUUGGCAGACCACCCAGUGAUGCUGAGCAGCGUCCUGCCCCUGGUGCUGCAGGCUCUGGGCAACCCGGAUCUUUCCAUCUCUUCCGUUUCCACACUGAAGAAGAUCUGCCGCGAGUGCAAAAGCGACCUGCCGCCUUACGCCGCCAACAUAGUAGCCGUAUCUCAGGAGGUUCUAAUAAAGCAGAUCCACAAGACGAGUCAGUGCAUGUGGCUGAUGCAGGCACUGGGUUUCCUUCUGUCUGCACUGCCCGUGGAGGACAUCCUGAGGAACCUUCACUCCCUCAUCACACCUUACAUCCAGCAAUUGGAGAAGCUAGCAGAGGAGACGCCUAAUCCGUCCAAUAAAUUAGCUAUCAUUCACAUCUUGGGGCUGCUGUCCAACUUGUUCACCACGUUGGACAUCAGCAAGCAGGAUGACGAAUCAGCGGAUCACUCAGCUGUGCCUGUCAAAACGACCCCUCCCCCACCCGGACCCAACCCGGUGGUGGUCGUCCUGCAGCAAGUGUUUGCUCUCAUACAGAACGUACUCAGCAAGUGGCUGAACGACUCCCAGGUGGUUGAGGCAGUGUGUGCCAUAUUCGAAAAGUCAGUGAAAACGCUGCUGCACGACUUUGCCCCCAUGGUGUCGCAGCUGAGCCAGAUGCUGGGACAGAUGUACAGCACCAUCCCCCAAGCCUCUGCCCUCGACCUAACACGACAGCUGGUCCACAUCUUCGCCAGCCAGACGGAGCACUUCCCGCCUAUCAAGGCUCUGUUUGAGCUCGUUACCUCAGUAACGCUGUCCAUCUUUCAGCAAGGUCCAAAGUAGGACACAACAGAGCUAUGUGAAACUGCAGUUUGCGUAUUUCAUGUCCUUUUUCUCUACAGAGACCUAUUUCUAAGUCUGGCAAUACUGAUGUAGCAAGCAUAGCUAAGCCAACUGGGACAUAAAAAAACAUCAGAGUUCAUAACACUCACUGCUCAAAUGUUUACUUAAAUAUUCUGUGUCAACUUGUUGAAAUAUUCAGGCCAUUCGCCAGACACAACACUUGCUACACUUGCACAACAUAAUGAACCAAUGCAAGAGAUGGAGUGAAAAAUUCUGCCUUCACGAAGAUAAUGAUACUUAGAUUUUACUGAUACUGUCAGAUAGGUGUUCUGCAAGCCUAAUGUGCACAAGUGCUGUAGAAAAUGGAUAGAUAAUGAAUACUCUAUUUUAAUUAAUCAUUUAUUGAGAAAAAAACAGCUGAAUUAAUGCAAUAAAUAGUACAAGACUGGAUAAUGUAUGUAAACGCUUAUGAAUGGAGUGGGCUGUAGAUGAAAUAUUGACUAAAUUUGCAAUCGCUAACAGUUAAUCAAAUGUUACUCAAAACUAAGCAUUUUUAUUAUCUUUGUAAUUGCAGAAUUUGUGAUAUAGAUUAUCUCAUUAGAGUGUGAAGGUGUACCUAAUGUUGUGUCCAGUGACUGUAUUAUUUCAGUGUAGCCUGGAAAUUUAUUUUUGGUAAUUGGCACUCAAAACACAUUGAACAUAAAAAACAAGACAUUGACGUCUGCCUCUCCCGCUUCCCUUUAUGUUGCCUCCUUCUCCCUUCCACCCCCAACCACUGCCUCCUGCCUCUCUGCUUUUGACUGCUUUCGUAAUGGCUGCCACACCCCCGCUUCUUAAACUCUUUCCUUUCCAAGCAGGUGCCCUUCUUCAAUAAGACAGAAUAUGUUCACAGCACAAAAAGCGCUCCCUUAGUCGUAUGGCUGGCAUGUAAACGCAGCCUACAACACUACUAGAGCUGAGUGGCGGCCCUCUGAAUAAGCCCUGUGUUCCCUUUGUGUGUGAGUCUAUGCUUGUGAUGAGUGAGUGAGUGAGUGAGUGAGUGAGAGAGAGAGAUAGAGUGAGUGAGUGAGUGAGUGAGUGAGUGAGUGAGUGAGAGAGAGAGAGAGACCAUCUAAGGUGAGUGACUUAGUGCGUAUGUGAGUGUGAAAAUGUGUGUGUGAGUGUCUGCAAGACUGAUUGUGUGUAAACAGGAACGUCCACAGACAUUUUUUGGGAUAUGUGCUCUAGCCAAAAAAAAAGGGCAUCCAUCGUCAAAAUGAUUCAUACAAUUAAGAAAAAAACAAUAGUAUGUAUUUAAUUUGGGUACCCUAAUGUCUUGCGUAUCAUGCAAAUUCCCCCGCCCCCAAAUAUUGUCAAGUCAAUAGUGCGCGUUAUACAUAGGUACAGGGGAAAUGGAGAAAAAAGUUUCACAUUUUAUAAAUGUAUGCCGCCAUCUAGAGGUUAUGAAAAACACUUUCGUUCCAAUAAUGCCAACACCACCUACACGUUAUGAGAAAGGUGUAACCUACACUUUCAUUCCAAUAUGACAGGGGUAUGUCUGACUGCAUAUAUAUACAGAUGUGCUCAUAAGUUAACAUACCCUGGCAGAAUUUGUGAAAUAUUUUUUUUAAAUAAAUAAAUACGACUGAUGACUGAACAACAACCAUCAUUAAUUUCUUUAUGGUUAUGUUUUGUUUAAUGAUAAUGCUUUUCUGAAAUGCUUGACAGUUUAAUUUGAACUCAAUUAAAAUUAAAUGUGUUUCCCCUAGGCGUUUAUGUUUUCUUUUAAAGAAUUGUACCCAUCUUACAAAUUCUGCCUGGGUAAUCAAACAUGAGCACAACUGUGUGUUUUCUCAUUUACUAAAUACAAUUAAGGCUGUGAAUUUCAAAAUAAGAACAAGUAAAUAAAAAGUAAGUAUUACGUGUUCAAAUAAAGUGCUUAACUUCAGAAUAAUUAUUUGAAAAAACUAACAAAAUACAGAUAAUACUUCAUGUUUUGAUAAUAUGGGUAGAAGCAAAAUCAUGCAUUGUAAAAAUCCAUUAUACAUCCGUAGAAGGGUUUUCCAGAAUUUUGAGGUCAACUUUGGGGGUGCGUAUUAUACAUGGGAAAUUACGGUAUUUAUUUUUGUUAACUCAAUCAACACAGUCAAUAAUACAACUAUUAACAAAGGAGGUGAAGGGAGGCUGCAGUGGAUAUAAAAUGUCAACACAACCCUGUUAAAAUGACAAGUUUUUGGAAGGAGGGUGGCAGGUGGGAGCAUAUGUACUAUUCUCCCACGGACUCAAAUAAAAGUGCAUCAGAUUUAAAAAUACUGGGUAAAAUUGAUGAUGAAGGUUUUUAUUUUAAAUUGAUGAAUGAAGGAAACAAAUUGGCUGGACCAAAAAGGGCACUUUCCCCCCCCCCCCCCCCCCCUCUCCCUCCAGGGCAAAAGGACAGGCGCUUGAGAACCAGCUAGUGGCUAUGUGUCCACAUCCCUUUGUGAGUAUGUGUGCGAGUGAGUCAGUCUGGGCGAGAGAGUGCGUGUAUGUGGUGUUUGUGUGAGGGUAUGUGAAAGUGUGAGUGCGAAAGUGUGUGUGAGCGAGUGUAAGAUCGUGAGUGCACGUGCACGAUGAUGAGUCCCUGCGCAAGAGUGAAUGAAUGCGUGUUUGUGAGAGUACGUGUGUGUGUGUGAAUGAAGGGCUGCAGGGCGGCUUGGGGUGUUGAGCCUGAAAUGUCUAAAUGCUAAAGCUGGGCGCUCACUACAGAUGUUUGUCCUUGCAACAUCAAUUGUGACCCAUCAGUGUCAGGCCAUUGGAAGGCUUGUCAACUGGAACUGUGUCUUUAAUGUCCAUCGUUGUUUGUUUUAUAUAUAUAUUUACAAUUAGUGGUAUUGUUUGAAAAGAAAUGUCAAGUGGUCUAUGUCCAGCAGUAUAAGGGAGGUGAUGCAAUCUGAAUUUUUCCUGACCAUUGGAUGAUUUCACACUGACGGUUCAUCUUUGAAGCAAAGGGGGAUCUGGUGAGCCGGCAUUGAACGGACCCUCCACGCCUACGCCUUUCCUUGAAACACAAGCCUCCUUCACACAGAGAUCCUGGAGCAUGUCCGCCUGUGUUUUUUAUCCAGAUCCCAGCGAAACAUUUCUGAUUUUAAAGG